GGGAGACAGCGGGAGCGCGCACUGAAGAAUGAUUUAUGUGAUUGACAGCUCAGACAGAAAACGCUUUGAUGAAACUGCACAGGAGUUGGCAGAGCUGCUCGAUGAGGAGAAACUGAACAUGGUGCCCCUGUUAAUCUUUGCCAACAAGCAGGACAUGAUGAUGGCGGCGACGGCGGCAGAGAUCGCAGAGAGCCUGAACCUGCACACCAUACGAGACCGGAUAUGGCAGAUCCAGUCCUGCUCCGCUCUCACCGCAGAGGGAGUCCAGGACGGGAUGGUCUGGCUCUGCAGGAACAUUCCCACCAGGAAGAAAUGACUGACCAGAGUUUGAAUUUAAAGGGGUCCUAUUAUGCUCUUUUACAAAGUCUUAAU